GACACACACAUGCAGCCUGUCAACAACAGUCUGAGUCUCACAUCAGUAAAUCACGAGGCUAUCAGAAGGUAAUAUGAUCAGUCUCUCUUUGAUGGCAUGGGCGGAUCUGCGCGUUCAUGGCUCCAGGGUCACUCCUUCUCCAGCCAGCUGUGCAUGAAGAGUCCCUCCUGACUGCUGCAGCAGCUGACCGACCAUAAACCCUCCAAGUGACAAAAUUUGGGCAGCGAUGACAAUUUCAACAGCUUUAAUUAGAGGGCUUGACAGCGGGUUUUAACAGAUGCAGGGUCCACUGGGCAUGCUCCAUGUGAUCUGAGAGGAGAGCUGGGCACGGUGUGAAUAACAGGCAGUUUGGGCGUUUUUUUGAGAGGAGGUUUGUCACCCUCUCAUCUCUCAUUUUUCUAUUUUGCUUCACCACACAGCACAGAAAUAAGAGCAUUUUGUGGGUGUUUCUCCUUAUGAGCAAUGCGUGAAGGAAAGUUCCCAUGCAGGAGAGUAUCUCUGCGCUGAGACAAAGAGCUGGUGUACAGCGGCGGUGUGUCGUUACACGCAGAGAGGGAGCGGGCUGAGCGUCGGUGUGAAGGAGGUGAGUCUGUAGGCAGCAACAGAGGAGGGACUGAAAACAGCGCCGAGUCUCCAUCAGGAGCUGCCGGACAGGCGCUGUCCGCUCAGCACCACCGCAGUCACCUUGCUGUGAAAGUCAUAAACCUGCUCAGGACUGAUCCGAUCAAUCACCGCAACUUGGGGAGUCCAAUGAGCUGGAUUUGCUCUCCUGGCGGGGGGGAAAUUUGUCAGCGUUUGUGUUUUUAUCUCGACAUCUUGGAUUUACAGACGAUGUGACGUCCAUUCUUAAUGUGAUGCCAUUGGCUGCAAUCAUUUUGGAUUUCGAUUCUAUACCCUCCAGUGAGUCUGGCAGCUAUAAGCGUUUAUGAUCCUCCAGUUGCAUGACAGGUGCUCGUAGGAAACGCAGGGUUUAUUUAGAGUGAAUGUAGCCUGAUGCGUGUCCAACAGCCCCGAUUUCUUUCAUAGUUGGUGAGAGACGACAGGUUGUUUUGCGCGCUGCUGCCUUUAUGUAAUUGUUUGCUUCAGUGUGAUCAGUGCUGUGCAUGGUUGCACAGGGGCGCCUAGACUUACCUUUGCGAUGAAGGGAACUUAUUGGAGAAAUGCCUAAGGGACGCAAUGGGCCUGAGCGACGACAAGGAUCGCAUUGUGAUAAACGUGGGAGGGAUCAGACAUCAGACAUACCGCAGCACCCUGCGCACUCUACCUGGCACCCGUUUGUCCUGGUUGGCCGAGCCUGAUGCACCCAACCACUUUGACUAUGAUGCCAAGAUCGAGGAAUUUUUCUUCGACCGCCACCCUGGCGUGUUUGCACAUAUCCUUAAUUACUACAGGACAGGUAAACUGCACUGCCCGGCUGAUGUCUGCGGGCCCCUCUAUGAGGAGGAACUGGCCUUCUGGGGCAUUGAUGAGACAGACGUGGAGCCAUGCUGCUGGAUGACCUAUCGCCAGCACCGGGAGGCAGAGGAGGCCCUUGAUAGUUUCGGCGGGGGGGGCCUGUUAGACCUGGGGAGCGAUGAUGCGGAGCCAGAGCUGGAGCAUACUGCCGAGGAUGAUGUGGAUGAAAUGACAAGGAGGCUGGCGCAGGCAGACACUCAUGAUGCCAGGAGUGGAAGCCUGUGGAGCCGAUGGCAGAAACAUGUUUGGGCUCUGUUUGAGGACCCUUACUCCUCUAAAUAUGCAAGGUGGGUGGCUCUGGCCUCGCUGUUCUUUAUUCUGGUGUCCAUCACCACCUUCUGUCUGGAGACCCACGAGGCCUUCAACCCCAUCAUCAACCGUACUGAGGUGGAGGUGGUGGACAACAUCACAGUGGAGCACACCUACCAGGAGACUGAGACUGCGCUCUACCUCACCUACAUCGAAGGCGUUUGCGUGGUGUGGUUCACUUUUGAAUUUCUAAUGCGAAUAACUUUCUGCCCGAAUAAAUGUGACUUCAUUCGGAAUGCCCUGAACAUCAUCGACUUUGUGGCCAUCCUGCCCUUCUACCUAGAGGUCGGCCUAAGCGGGCUCUCCUCCAAGGCAGCUAAGGACGUGCUGGGCUUCCUGAGAGUCGUCCGCUUUGUGCGGAUCCUGCGUAUCUUCAAGCUGACGCGUCACUUUGUGGGACUGAGGGUGCUGGGUCACACGUUGAGGGCCAGCACCAACGAGUUCCUGCUCCUCAUCAUCUUCCUUGCCCUCGGUGUCCUCAUCUUUGCUACUAUGAUCUACUACGCUGAACGGAUUGGAGCUAACCCCAAUGACCCUCGAGCCAGCGAGCACACACACUUCAAGAACAUCCCGAUUGGAUUCUGGUGGGCUGUGGUGACCAUGACGACCCUUGGCUAUGGAGACAUGUACCCGCAGACGACCUCCGGUAUGCUGGUCGGAGCCCUGUGCGCUCUGGCAGGUGUGCUGACCAUCGCCAUGCCCGUCCCUGUGAUUGUCAACAACUUUGGAAUGUAUUACUCUCUGGCCAUGGCGAAACAGAAACUACCAAAGAAAAAGAACAGGCAUAUCCCUCGGGCACCCCAACCAGGUUCUCCAAACUUCUGUAAGUCAAGCAUCAGCUCCCAACAGCCGAGCCCCAUCCCCAAUGACGACGUUUUCGAGAUAAAGUUUCAAGAUUCCAAGCUAAACGGUGAGGCAGCUAAUGCAGCGCUGGCCAACGAAGAUUGCCCUCAUAUAGACCAGGCCAUAUCUCCGGAGGAAAUCUUCAGCCCCAGCGACAGAGAGCGGCCCUGCUUCCUGGUCACCACUGCUGAACGCCCCAACCACACAGGGGGCAGAGUGAGGAGGGAGACCCAGCGACAGCACCGGAGCAGACAACCAACAGAGUCAGUUUGUGUUAUGAACCAUGGUGUCCCAACCACUAUGUGUAUGACCCAUAAUGGCCCAUCACCCACCUGAUAGUGCUGUAGCAUUGUUGUGUGUAUUACUUAGUCUUUUUAAAUGGGUGUGACAGUGACAACCUGUACAUCACAAACUCAGCAUAGAUGUAGCACUGAGGAAGUUUUGUUGUCAAGCCUUAUGUAGGUCAGUAUCUGUGACUGGUUACUGUGUUGUAAUUUGUGUGCCUAUUUUUGGUGUGUGCCAGUGCUGUAAAUACGCUUUUUUUGUGUGCUGAAGUUGUGUGUACCCAAUGUUUUUUGAGUGAUCAUCAAAUAUCUGUGUGCUUCUUCUGUUGAAAGAAAAAAAAAUGUUGCUCCAAUUUUAAUCACCCUGGCAAAAAAAGAAAAAAGAAAAAACGACAACAAAAAAACAGAAACAAUGUCACGUGUCAUGUCAGCCAGACUAAACAGUUUGAAAGAAAUCGUUUAAACUUUGCACUGUCAUCGUCACAUCUUUAUAGACUUUUGCACUGUUUUGCACCAGUGAAUUUUUAACAUUCCUUUGAUAUGUUUUCAGGCAUCAAAGAGAUAACAUCCACAAAAAAAAGUGUCAUACUGAAAAAACAAAACCAAAAAAAAAAAAAAAAAAACACCACUCCUACCUUGAAUUUAUGAGGCAUUAAAAAUGGCAAAGUCUGCUGCUGAGAAUUGGUAAAUAAUUGUUUGGUUUAUCAAAACUUGAAGAGGGAUAUUCACAAAGGGAAAACAGAUAUUCAACAUGAAUUAAAUGUUGAUAUAUCGUCAUACGUAGCUAUGCUUUGAUAAACAAAGACAGCUUAUGUAUAAAAUACAUUGACUCAUAUCACAGCUCAAACAGUCAUACUUAUUCUGUAGUGUCUUUUAAUUGACAAUCAUGUAGAAUUGAAUUAUGAUUCUUUUUCUGCACAUAUGCAAAUUGGCGUGUUUGUUAAUAUGUAAUACUAACCAAUGCCAAACAUUACACACAUCACACUGGACAAGUGCCUCUGUUAUGCAAAUUCUUCUUAUCAUUCAGGAGUAUAGCUUAACCGACAUGAUAAAUUAUUUGCACAUUUUAUUUCACAUUAGUCAUCAGUCACCAGCCGUUUAAAGCAAGCACCAGUUCAGUAUUCAAUAAGCACACAGAUACAAUAAGGACCCCCAUAGGGAUCAGCUUCUAAAGGCAAGUAAUGAGCAUACCUAAUUAAAAACAGAGAGGAGAGCUACUGGAUGCAAAGUACUGCUUCACUGUUGGUGUGGAAAAGUUAGUGGAAAGGGACCAACUUUUUAACAAACAACUGCAAACACACUGCCAACAACCUACUGAGAACUGUAUGCAGUCAGGUACAGCAGAACUGAAUCUGCCAACAGAGCUGAGCACAAACAUGGGGGACAGUGUGCUGGUCAUUGGCCGACACGGAAUAAAAACAGCAGCUGUUACAAAACGAGACAAAAAACAACUACGAGGCAACUAAAGGUGCCAUUUAGUGAGACUUCAGUGUGUGUGUUUUGAACACCGUGCAUUUUGUGGUUAGUUAUCUCAAUAAGGUGUUCAGUGAUCAUUUUGAUUGGUUUGUUGUUUAGGGAUUUUUUGUCUUUUUUGACCAAUACAGUUCAGGCUUGUACAAUAAAUAGUGAUAAAUAAAAAAAACACAGAAAUGA